UAUGAUAUCAUUUUUUUCACAUGGAUUUUUUUCAUAGGUUGUGUAAUUUUUGUUCUCAUAAACUCAACCAGGAACUUUAUUACGAUUCCUAUAAGGCGAUUUUCUCGCCAUGUCUUUACAGAUAUUCCAGGCCAGUUUUGCACUAUAAAAGGUCAACCGAUCAUGAUAUUAGGCAAGCACAACAUUAAUAAAACAAGCAAAUGUAGACCCUCCAAAAAUACCAGUUAUGACAUUUAUCUUUCAUACAGUGAGGAGGAUGAUUAUGCCAGAGAAGUUAGUAGUUUUCUCAGAGCUCUAUUUAUAAACAGAGGUCUAUCAGUGUUUGACGCCUCCUCUGAUAUCCU